AUGAUCAUGGAAAAAGUCAACCUAACCAGUAGUGUCUCUGAGUUCAUCCUCCUGGGACUUUCCUCCCGACCUGAGGACCAGAAGCCACUCUUUAUCCUCUUCCUCACCAUGUACCUGGUCACCAUAACAGGGAACCUGCUCAUCAUCCUGGCCAUCCGCUCUGACCCCCAGCUGCAGACCCCCAUGUACUUCUUCCUGAGUUUCCUGUCUUUUACUGACAUUUGCUUCACAACAACUAUUGUCCCCAAGAUGCUAGUCAACUUCCUAUCAGAGAAGAAGACCAUCUCCUAUGCUGGGUGUCUGACCCAAAUGUAUUUUAUAUAUGCCUUGGGCAACACUGACAGCUGCCUUCUGGCAGCCAUGGCCUUUGACCGCUACAUGGCCAUCUGUGACCCCUUCCACUAUGUCACCACCAUGAGCCACUGCCGCUGUGUCUUGCUACUGGCCUUCUCCUGCUCAUUUCCUCACAUCCACUCACUCCUACACACACUUCUCCUGAAUCUUCUUACUUUCUGUGACUCCAAUGUUAUCCACCACUUCCUCUGUGACAUCAACCCUCUACUGAAAUUGUCCUGCACCUCCACAUUUGUCAAUGAUAUCACAAUAAAGACAGAAGGGCUGGUUGUUUUGGUGACCCCCUUCCUAUGCAUUACUUUCUCUUAUUUGCGAAUCCUCACUGCAGUUCUCAAGAUAACUUCAGCUGCUGGGAAACGCAAAGCCUUCUCCACCUGUGGCUCCCACUUUACUGUGGUGAUCCUGUUUUAUGGAAGCAUCUUUUAUGUCUAUUUACAGCCCUUGUCCAGCUACACUGUCAGGGACCAAAUGGUAACAAUUGUCUACACAGUUCUGUCUUCCAUGCUCAACCCUUUCAUCUACAGUCUGAGAAACAAAGACAUGAAAAGAGGCCUGGGGAAGCUAAUGGGCAGGGAGAAAUCCUAG